CCGGCACUCUGUCCAGCCAUGGGCGCCAAGCGGCGCGGGGCGGCAGCGGCGGCAGCGGGGUCGAAGCGGGGGAGGCGGGAGGCGCGGGCCGAGCUGUGUGCCGCCCUCGGGGACGCGGCGCUGCGGGGGCGGGCGGCGGCGGCGUGGGGCGGCGGCGAGCCGCUGCGGCACGAGGCGGCGGCGGUGGAGCCGGGCCCGUUCCCGCACGGCCUCAUCCCCGGGUUCCUGGCGGCGCCGGGCUUCGCGGAGGCGCUGCGGGACGAGCUGCUGGGUCUGAGCUUCACGGGGCGGCGGAACGACCUCCUCUCGCUGCGGCAGUCCCGGGAGCUGGCGGCGAGCCCGGAGCCCCGCCUCGCCGCCCUCAGGCAUGCUCUGUGUGAAGAAUUCCGAGCGUGGCUUUCUGCUGUGACCCUGAUUGAGCUGGACCAAACUAUUGACAUCUCCUGUGCUAAAUAUGAAUAUACCGAUGUCUUGCUGUGUCACGAUGAUGAGCUGGAAGGUCGGAGAAUCGCUUUCAUCCUGUACCUCGUGCCACCCUGGGAGAAAAGCGACGGGGGAACGCUGGACCUGUAUAGCACGGAUGAACACUUUCAGCCACAGCAAAUUGUCAAGUCAUUAGUGCCUUCGUGGAACACGCUGGUUUUCUUUGAAGUGUCUCCAGUCUCUUUCCACCAGGUGUCGGAAGUUCUGUCUGAGGAGAAGUGCCGCUUGUCCGUGAGUGGCUGGUUUCAUGGCCCAUCAAUAGUCAGACCCACACGCCACGUCGAAGCUCCCUUGCCCAGGAGCCCACACAUCCCCUAUGAUCACGAAAUUCUCUAUGAGUGGAUCAAUCUCAUUUAUUUGGACAUGGACUCCCAAGCUCAAAUCCAGGAGGAAUUUGAGGAGCGAUCAGAAAUUCUCCUGAAGGAUUUUCUUAAGAAAGAGAAAUACCAGCUACUGUGCAAAGCUUUGGAGAACAAAGACAUCCAGUGGAGUAGCCGGGGGCCUGCCAAUAAAAGGCUCUAUGAGACAGCAGAGGAAGACAGCCUCCCCAACGUCCUGAAGAAAUUCCUGCAGUUCUUGCGUUCCGAGGCCUUGUUUUUACUGCUUUCCAACUUCACUGGCCUAAAGCUGCACUUUCUGGCUCCCUCUGUUGAGGAUGAAGAUGCUGGGGAAGGAACGGCAACAGACACUGCUCAGUACAGCAGUCCCGAACCUGAGCAGGAAGAGGCUGUACAUCAGGCUGACAGCCACCCCCAACAGCCAGACCAGCCUGAGGACAUCCCUGAAGCACGAGACGGCGAGACACAGAAUGGUUCAGGGACCCCCACGUGUGCCGGGGAGCUGAGGCGCUGGGCCCAUGGGCACUACACUCUCGUUCAUGACUCUCAAGCAACAGAAUUUGCUCUCGACCUGCUCUUCUUCUGUGGCUGUGAGGACUGGGAUCCAGAAUAUGGUGGCUUUACUUCCUACAUCGCUAAAGGUGAAGAUGAAGAGCUGUUGACAGUGAAUCCAGAAGAAAACUGCUUGGCCUUAGUUUAUAGAGACAGGGAAACUAUGAAGUUUGUGAAAUACAUCAAUCAUCGCAGCUUGGCACGGCUGAAAAAGGAUCCAAACAGAACAGGAUUUUGGGAUUUUUCCUUUGUCUAUUAUGAGUGACGAUGCCGAGUUGUGGCCAGGGCCGUGCAGAAAGCAGUGGGGUGGGGGCAGGUUUCCAUCCAGGUGCUGCACGGGAGUCUAAACCAGGACAGACUUUGCUGCUGCCACCUUCAUCACACUGCAUGCGAGCAGUGCCCCGCCCCGUGUGGCUUUUUUAUCUGUACAAACAAACCCAGUCUCCUGAGCCCACUUGCAACACUCGCGCUCGGCUGCUCGUAAUGCCAUGUGGAGGGAUUCUUGUCACACAACUGUCAGCAUCCAGCUCUUCUCUCGUGGAUACAGGGUGCAAUGCAGCUCUCAUUUGUCCGGGUGAGAAUUACAACUGUGCGUUGCCACAGGGUGAUGGUUUUUAUUAAGAAAAAAAAUAA